AUGUAUCAUGAUAUCAGGGAAAUAUGCUGGUGGGAUGAAAUGAAGAAGGAUAUAGCAGAGUUUGUUGCUCAGUGCCUUAAUUGCUUACCUCGUACCCAGCGUAGGUUUGAUUCUAUAUGGGUUGUUGUGGAUAAACUUACAAAAUCAGCCCAUUUUCUGCCUGUCAAGACUACGCAUUCAGCAGAGGAUUAUGCAAGGCUUUACAUUAAGGAGAUAAUACGACUUCAUGGUGUCCCUAUAUCUAUUAUCUCAGAUAGAGGUGCUCAGUUUACAGCAAAUUUCUGGAGGUCCUUCCAAAAAGGAUUUGGGACUCAAUCUAGGUCACCUAUCGGAUGGUUCGAGGUUGGGGAAACUAAGUUAGUAGGACCAGAUUUAGUACAACAGGCAGUUGAGAAGAUUAAGCUUAUACGGAAAAGGCUAUUAGCAGCUCAGAGUCGUCAGAAGUCCUAUGUAAAUAAUCGACGACGAGACUUGGAGUUUUGGGUAGAUGACUGGGUAUUCCUAAAGGUAUCACCGAUGAAAGGCGUUAUGAGAUUCGGUAAGAAAGGAAAGCUUAGCCCUCGGUACAUUGGACCUUAUAAGAUCAUACGCAGAGUAGGCCAGAUCAUUCCAAUUGACGAUGUUCAGGUCACAAAGCAGCUAUCAUAUGAGGAAGCUCCUAUUGCUAUACUAGAUAGACAGGUUCGGAGAUUGAGAACUAAAGACGUAUCUUCGUUUAAAGUUGGUAGUGGUGCCAUUACAGAGGAGACUCUGCCAAAAUUUCUAUAG